AUGCAAUUCAAGAUGCAUACAAUCUUGUCAACAUCCUCACCGCUCAUCACGCCUCUCUCUCUCUCUGCUUCUCCAGAUCUGACAGAACAACUCCAGUCUUAUGCCCAUGAAGUCAGUACACGAGGUGCAGAGGAGGUCAAGUUAUCACAGCAAAAUGCGUACAUGGUUAUGGACUGGAAAAUGCUCGAGCAGAGCCCAAUCUUCAAACAUGCUUUAGACAGGAGUCCUGCUUCGGACAAUAAGAAAGAUGGGUAUGAAAAUGAGGAGACGGCGAAAGAGGCACAGAAGGAUGUUGCGACUAUGGCUGGAGCAUAA